AUGGCGGUGCCGGCGACGGCGGAGCUGUGCGACGCCCACGCGGCCCUGCUGGCGAGCGGGGAGCUGCGGGUGCUGCAGCCGAUGUUCAAGGCGUACGGACGACGGGGGGCGUUCGCCGGCGCCGUCGUCACCCUGAAGCUCUUCGAAGACAACGUCUUGGUGAGGGAGAUACUGACGGUUCCUGGUGCUGGGAAGGUCCUCGUUGUUGACGGCGGGGGGAGCAUGCGGUGCGCUCUGAUGGGGGGGAACUUGGCGCAGCUGGCGCAGAACCAGGGCUGGGCCGGCGUAGUAGUCAACGGCUGCAUCAGAGACGUUGACGAGAUAGACGCCUGCGACUUGGGGGUGAGGGCACUGGGGUCGCACCCCGUCAAGUCCGGGAAGAAGGGGACCGGCGAGAAGCACGCAGCGGUCCACAUCGGCGGCGCCGCCAUCCGCGACGGCGAGUGGCUGUACGCUGACAGCGACGGCAUCUUGGUCUCCUCGUCGGAGCUGUCCCUGUGA